AUGGAUGAGUAUUUUGAUCAAACACUCAACAAUUAUUUUGAUCAAGCAAUCCAGAAUCGUUUUGAUCAAGCAAUGAAUCCGUUGGAACCUGAGAAGAAGAAACGAGUCCACAUUGAAAGAAAACGUGAAGAGGGUCACCAACGCUUAUGGGAUGACUAUUUCCGUGAAGAUGCAACAUAUCCUCCUCAAAUCUUUCGUCGCCGUUUUAGAAUGAACAAACCCUUAUUUAUGCGUAUUGUCGAACGACUCUCAACAGAAGUUCCAUACUUUGAACAAAGAAGAAAUGGUCACGGAAGGCUAGGUCUCUCUGCAAUACAAAAGUGUACAGCAGCAAUUCGUAUGAUGGCGUAUGGUUCUGCAGCGGAUGCGUUUGACGAAUACCUCCGUCUUGCUGAAAGCACUGCUAUGUUAUGUUUGGAAAAGUUUGUUGAAGGAAUAGUUCAUUUAUUUGGAGAUGAGUAUCUACGCAGGCCCACACCAGAAGAUCUUCAGCGACUACUCGAUAUUGGAGAGGUACGCGGAUUUCCCGGGAUGAUAGGAAGUACAUUAAACGAUAUCAAUAUUCUCGAUCGCUCACCAGUUUUUGAUGACAUAUUACAAGGUGUAGCUCCCAAAGUAAAAUACUUUGUCAACGGACGACAAUAUCGUAUGGCUUACUAUCUCACCGAUGGUAUUUAUCCAAAAUGGGCUACUUUUGUCAAAUCAAUUUCAAUGCCACAAGAUCCGAAAGCAUCGUUAUUUGCUACGUACCAAGAAGCUGUACGUAAAGAUGUCGAACGUGCUUUUGGAGUCUUGCAAGCUCGAUUUGCCAUAGUCAAAAACCCAGCUCUUAUGUUGGAUAAGGUAAAAAUUGGAAACAUAAUGAGAGCAUGUAUCAUAUUGCACAACAUGAUUGUAGAAGAUGAACGUGAUGGGUAUACUCAGUAUGAUGAGGCCACAUUUGCACAAGUAGAAUCAAACCGAACUUCGGAAGUGGAUUUCACGUAUUCUACAGACAUCCCUUCAAAUCUCAGAAAUAUGAUGGGCGAUACGAUAACCAUUCGAAAUGAAGUUCGUGACAAGAAAAUACAUGACCGACUGCAAGCGGAUUUGGUUGAGCAUAUAUGGGAAAAGUUUGGCACAAAUCAAUAUUAA